UCUGGCUCUCGUGGGUGCAAUGCUCCGACAUGGAAGUUUUGGAGCUUGCAUGUUGCGCUACCACGUGAACGGGCUAGCCUCCCCGUCCCCCGGCAUCAACUUUGACGAUUUGUUCAUCGACGACACGCUCCACCACGCCCACCACGCCAGCCACCAUCGCUCUCCCCCACGCCUCAAGUCUUUUGCCCGACAGCGUCGAAUCCCACAUCACUCACCCAACAUGUACCAACUGUCAGAAGAGUCCAAGGAGCGCAUUGCGCGCAUCAUUGAUGUCUCCCGCGUCGCCAUCCACUACGGCUACCUCCCUCUGAUUCUGUACCUUGGUUACUCGCAAAGCUACCCGAAGCCUUCUCUCAUCCGGCUUUUCUCCCCGCUUGCGUAAACGAGACAGUUACUACAUUCGAUCACGUCCGCAAGUAACCACAAAUUCAUGUACAAUACCAAGUUAGGCAGGCGCACCAGUUCUCUGAAAUAAUGACGGAUGAAACUGGCGGGAAGAUGUACUGAACAUCUUCCACCAAGUUGGGGAAUGCAUCUCCUCUAUCGUGUUCGGCAAUUCGCGGAGGAAACACUGUAUUAGUACAACAGACAGCUGAAAGAAGCUCAAUGGAACAUCAUGAAUCAAGCUUUGCGGCAUGGCGCUUCCUCGCCUCAGACAAAACGUCAACACGCAUAUCUACAUGAACAUGGUGCACCUUCUCUCCACUUUUCAACCACAUACACCACUCUUCUUUUAUCAACUCAAGUUUGCACGUACAUGUGGGUAUAUUCCAAUAAGCAGUGUGACA